UUUCAGAGAAAAUGAAUGAACGAGAAACGUAAACAAAAUUUUUGCUUUCGUGGUAGAACUCCGGUAGUAAACUUUCAGUGAUAAUAACUAGCACAUAAUUUUAUUUUGAAUAAAAAUUAAAUAAAAGCGAAAUUCUGCCUUCCGUGAGCGAGAGCAUAUGUUUACGUAGAAUAUUGUGCCGCGAAAUUCUGCUCCAAAUCGUUUACAAUUUCGCAUCCGAAAAAAAAUAAGAAUAGCCUGCACAAUGAAUCAGGAGAUUCGCAUGAAAACUAAGCACUUCUACGGUGUGCUUGUGAUAUUAGGCUUCCUGUUGAUUUAUAGCUUAAGUUCAAACCGAGGCUGUGAUAGAACCGCUGACUUGCAAUUAGAUCUGCAAUCCUUCCAGGAGAGCCGGGAGGCCUUCAUUCCGAACCAGAGGGGACCAACCAUCUACGCCAUAACGCCAACGUAUGCCAGGCCCGUGCAGAAGGCCGAACUGACCAGAUUAUCACAUGUAGUGCGCCUCUCGCCGAAUGUCUUUUGGGUGAUUGUCGAGGAUGCCGACCAUGCAUCCGAUCUGGUGACGAAUCUCCUGAGGCGGAGCGGUUUACAAGACCGCAGCAUUCAAUUGUAUGCCAAAACGCCAACCAAUUUCAAACUGCAAGGGAAAGAUCCCAACUGGCUCAAACCUCGAGGGGUAGAGCAGCGCAACAAAGCCUUGGAAUGGACGAGAAAACACAUGGCUGAGAAUGGAGGACGCGAAAGACAUUCAGUUGUCUAUUUCAUGGAUGAUGACAACACAUACAGCACCGAACUGUUCGCUGAGAUUUCGAAAAUUGAAAGGAAUAAGGUUGGAGUCUGGCCCGUCGGCCUGGUUGGAGGAUUAAUGGUCGAAAAGCCGGUCCUAAACCGGGAUGAUAUAGUUCUGGGAUUCAACAGUGCGUGGCGCCCAGAGAGACCAUUUCCACUGGACAUGGCGGGAUUUGCCAUCAGCUCCGAUCUGCUUCUGGACAAUCCACAGGCGCAGUUCAGUUACGAAGUUGAACGCGGCUACCAGGAGAGCGAAAUUCUUCGCCAUCUAACGAUUGUCCACGAGAUGCAACCGCUGGCGAACAAAUGCACCGAAGUGCUUGUAUGGCACACCCGAACCGAGACACCAAAACUGGACGCGGAAAAACAACUAACGAAAGCUGGAAAGCAUUCGGACACUGGUUUAGAAGUGUAAACAUGAAAUUGUGAUAGUUGUUUCCAUGAAGUCUUGGGAAUGUUUACAAUUUUGUCGAAAUCGACGCAAAACAAAUGUGGCUUAUGAAAAUGUUCAACAUGAUAGUUGCUCGGAAAUACUCAUAUUUUACUGUGGAAAAUUUAUUGAAUAACAACGAUAUCCGUUUUAAUGUCUUGGGUCCGAGAGUUUUGUGUCUCGUUUACAUACCAGUAUUAUGCAGUGGACUUCAUGCCAAUCGAACAACAGGAGAAAACUUAUUCAAAUAUUUCGGCAGCAGAUACCUACAUGAUAUUACUGUAGAGUAUGAUAAUCUUUAUUUUCAUUUUCUAUUCAUUUUUCUAUAAAACUAUUGAUUGUAUUUUUUUACGUUCACUUUAAGACUGUUAUCCCAAACAAAAAAAAAAAUCAAAUGGGAAAAUUAAUUUUAUAUCAACUUCAGUUAGUUAUAUUGAAUCUGUUAGCUUGUAUUUAAAUGGGAAGAAUUUCCUUUUAUGUUUGUCACGUUUUCA